UAGUUGACAUUAGUAAUCAAAAUGUUCAAGUUAGUAGUACUCGUUUCAUUGGUCGCCUGUGCCUUGAGCUCAGCUGUGACUCAAAGUCUCCUUCCCCAGUUGGAUGGACGCAUUGUCGGAGGCGAGGAAACAAGCAUCAGUGAAUUCCCAUACCAACUUUCACUGAUGAAAUACGGAUCCCACUCUUGCGGAGCCAGUUUGUUGAGCCCAACCAUUGCCGUGACAGCUGCCCAUUGUGUUGUUAGUGCAUCUGCCAGUUCAUUGACCAUCCGUGCUGGAUCCAGCUCAAACAAGAGCGGUGGAAUUGUUGUCAAAGUUGCUGCCUUGAAAUACCAUCCUCAAUACAAAUCCAGUAACAUGCAAUACGACGCUGCUGUCCUUAAGCUCGCCGAGGCCCUUCCUCUUGGAGAUACCAUCAGUACCAUUCAAUUGGUUAAGAAAGCUCCAGUUGAAGGAACCAAGGCUAUUGUCAGUGGAUGGGGUACCGAAUACUCUGGAGCUUACUCCAUUCCUACUAUUCUACGUGCUGUUGGUGUUAAGAUUGUCAGCCAACAAGUUUGCUCAUCAAAUGCCUACAGUUACGGAAGUGACAUCAAGCCAACCAUGAUUUGCGCCACCGCAACCGGAAAGGACGCAUGCCAAGGUGACUCUGGUGGUCCAUUGGCUGUUGAAGCUGGUCUUGCUGGUAUUGUUUCAUGGGGCUAUGGAUGCGCCGCAACCAACUACCCAGGAGUUUACUGUGAUGUUGCUUCAGUUCGCUCAUGGAUCCUCCAAACUGCAAGAACUUUGUAAACAUUUUGAUUUUAAAAUCAAAAAAACAAAUUUAAAUGAAAUAAAUUAUAAUUUUAUUUAAUUACAAUGCAA